AUGGGCGACGACGUGCGUGGCCUGCACGGCGGCGGCGCCGCGACGACCGGCGGCGGCGUGCCGGCGGCGGCGAAGACGGAGCGCGCGCGGCUGCACGUGGCGAUGCUGGCGCUGCAGCUCGGGUACGCCGGCUUCCACGUGGUGUCGCGGCUGGCGCUCAACAUGGGCGUCAGCAAGCUCGUCUUCCCCGUCUACCGCAACCUCAUCGCGCUCUGCCUCCUCGCCCCCUUCGCCUACUUCCUGGAGAGGAAGGACAGGCCCGCCAUGACGCCCGGCUUCCUGCUCCAGUUCUUCCUGCUGGCGCUGUGCGGGAUCACCACCAACCAGAGCUUCUACCUGCUGGGGCUUGACAACACGUCGCCCACGUUCGCCUCGGCGAUCCAGAACUCGGUCCCCGCCAUCACCUUCGCGAUGGCGGCCGCGCUGGGCAUCGAGCGCGUCCGCCUCCGCCGCCGCGACGGCCUCGCCAAGGCGGCCGGCACGCUGCUCUGCGUCGCGGGCGCCACCGUCAUCACGCUCUUCAAGGGCCCCGCCGUCUUCGGCCCGGCGGCGGCCGUGGUGACCGUGACCGCCGUCGCGCCGCCGCAGGCAGCCGGCAACAACAGCAGCAAGAGCUGGGCGCUGGGGUGCGUCUACCUCAUGGGCCACUGCCUGUCGUGGUCCAGCUGGCUGGUGCUGCAGGCGCCCGUGCUCAAGCGCUACCCGGCGCGUCUGUCCGUCACCUCCUACACCUGCUUCUUCGGCCUCCUCCAGUUCCUCGCCAUCGCCGCCGUCGUCGAGCGCGACGCCGCCGCGUGGACGCUUACCUCCGGCUCCGAGCUGCUCACCAUCCUCUACGCGGGGCUGGUGGCGUCCGGCGUGGCCUUCGCGGUGCAGACGUGGUGCAUCGACCGCGGCGGGCCGGUGUUCGUGGCCGUGUACCAGCCCGUGCAGACGCUCCUCGUCGCCAUCAUGGCGUCGCUGCUCCUCGGCGAGCAAUUCUACCUCGGAGGGAUCAUGGGGGCAGUGCUCAUCAUCGCUGGACUCUACCUGGUGCUCUGGGUCAAGAGCGAGGAGAGGGCGCUCGCUGCAAAGCAAGCCGCCGGCGCCGCCGGCGUCUGCGACGACGAGCCCGACGCGGCCGCCUCCUGCCUGAAGCAGCCGCUGCUGCCGUCGCCGGCGACCUUGGAGUCCGCCGUGUGA